AUGAAUGAUAUCUCGGUUGAGGCUAGAGAUUUCCCAGUUAUCGCUCUGGCAUCGCAGACCCUGCUCGGUGGAUCCUCCUACUCAACUACAUGGGAAGACGUACAGAACUCUGCAGAGGCUGAGUGCACCUGGUGUAAGCUUCUUUUGUCUGUGAAGGAUGAGGCGAUCCCUAUCGAUGAGGCCAAACUCAGUGUGACGGUUGGGUUCCGCACGCAGAUUGAGAAUCCAGGUACGAUGCUGAAGGGGCGGAAGACCUUGAGGCUGGGGAUUAACGGUCGGCCGAGUGCGACGUUUUAUACCUAUACUAAAGAGGAUGACGCUGCUGCUCGGUAUAUCAACGCAAGGGACCUUGUACGCUGA